CAUCUGUCAAACGCUGAUCACAUGAGGUGGUAAGAGGCCAAUCACAGCGGCCUUUUACCAUGUGAUCAGCUAUAUCCAAUGACACAGCAGAUCACCAGGUAAAUGCAGUUGCCUGUUAUCAGCUGCACUUUCUUCACGCUGUCACAGAUGCAGUGCCCAGCAGUGCCACCAGUGCCCACCAGUGCCACCCAUCAGUGCCCCCCCCCAGUGCCACCCAUCAGUGUUUCAUAUCAGUGCAGCAUCAUCAGUGCUGCCUCAUCAGUGCCAGCUGAUCAGUGCCACCUGUCAGUGCCCAUCAGUGCUGCCUAUCCGUGCCACCUCAUCAGUGCCCAUCAGUGCAGCCUAUCAGUGCCCAUCAGUGCAGAGUCAUCAACGCACAUCAGU